AUGAAUCGUUAUCUCUGCAAUGGUACUUUAUCUGACUCCUUCGUGAAUUUCACAACAUAUGUUAUUAACACAAAAUUAGCAUUAGGAUCCAUUUAUAUUUUACCUAUAAUAUCGUUGAUCGGCAAUUCAUUAACCAUUAUCGUUCUUCAUUCAAAUCAUCAAUUGAAUCGUUCAUCGUUUGCUAUUUAUGUCAAAACAUUGGCUGUAUCAGAUACACUCGUUUUAUUUUAUAAAUUAUUCUCUUAUGAAAAUAAACAACGACAAAAUCCAAUUCACUUUUUAUGCACUGCAUUUCAAUUUUUAACUGAUUCAACCGUUAUUGUAUCUGUGUGGACAAUUGUUUUAAUUACAAUUGAACGAACAUUAAUUAUUCUAUUUCCGCUUCAUAUUAAAAAAAUUAUUAGUGGUUAUCGUGCAAGAGUAUUAGUCAUCCUAACAAUAAUUGUAGUUCUUAUAUCCUCAUCAAGAUUGUUAUUUAUAAAAAUGGAUAAAAAUAUAAACACACGUUGUCAACCUCGUCAAGAUUGGAGUCAAUAUGCUCAACUAAAUUCAACAAUAACAGAGUUUCUUUAUAUGUAUAUUCCAUUAUUGGUUAUUAUUAUUGGAAAUUGUCUGUCAUUUUGGACACUGAGACGUGCUUUGAAUGAUCGACAUAUGAUGCUAACAUCUCAUACGUAUAAACAUAAAAGAAUGGAUACAAAUGAAAAGCAAUUGAUUAUUAUGCUGUUUGUUGUCACUUUAAUGUUUAUCUUCUAUUUCAUUCCAUUUACACUGAUGCGAAUCAUACCUCGCACAGGAUUUGCCGGCAAAUGUUUCACAUCGAAUACUUUUUCGGUAUAUUUAUUAAUGCGAACGGAAUUUUGUAGCGCUGCACAUAUAGAUUCUAAUCUAACGGUACCAGCGCAUGAAAGUGUUUCGCUAAAAAAUGAAGAAAAUGCCCAGAAAAGUACGGAAACAAAAUUUCGUCUUCGUUUAUUAAUCUAUUUACAUUUUUUACUUGGAUUUAUUAUUAUUAGUCAAUUAAUUUUAUAUCAUACACAAUUAUUAUCGACAUCUACCUCGUCUCAUUCAAUUCCGAAACCACAUCUUUGGGAAUAUAUAUGGCUUAUAAGUUUAUUAGCAUCAUUAUGUGGACUUUUAUCGUUACACCGAAAUAAUUUAUUCUUACUCAAAUUAUUUUUUCGUGGUACCGUUAUUUUUGGUCUUGGAACAAUUAUGUCAACGAUAAUUAUUAAUUUAUCUGAUUUAUUUUCAUAUCGAACAGUAGGAGCAACAUCUGAAAUUAAAAAAACAUUUUAUGGUGUUCCAUUGUUAAUUCUAUGGUAUAUAUUCUUAAUAAUAACUGUUCAAAUACAUGCGUUUACAUUAUAUAUGGCAAAUAUAUUAUUGAACACUUGGCAAUCAAAUAAACGACAAAAUUAA